CUCCGUUUGAGGGAACAUGUCGGACCCCGAGACUGAUAUCCCCAUCUCGAACGAUGCGGCAGACGGCGCGCUCGCGGAAGCCGAGACCGAGUCGGAUUCUGCCGAUUCGGACGACAAGACGUUUAUCACGCACUGGGAGAUCGAGAACUUUUCGCAGGUGACGGACAAGAAGAUCUGGUCGGAGGCGUUUGAGGCCGAGGGGCGGCAGUGGCGGGUGCUCUGCUUCCCCAAGGGCAACGAGGCCGGGCAUUUUUCGCUCUUCCUCGAGUGUGUGCAGGAUGAUUCUGUGGACGCGACGUGGCGGGCGCAGACGGAGUUCCGGCUUCAGCUUGUGAACCAGAAGAACGCGGAAGACUCGCACUUUCGUGCGGCGACGCACCUGUUUGUCAAGACGUCGACGGACUGGGGCUUUUCCAAGUUUAUGACGCUGGACAAGGUGCUUGACCCGGACGCCGGCUUCCUGGUGGACGACAAGCUUGUGGUCGAGUGCACGCUGGAGGUGCUCGAGCAGCCGUUUACGGCGUACAACUGGUGGAACUACGACUCGCGGAAGGAGACGGGGUUUGUGGGCAUUCUCAACCAGGGAGCGACGUGCUACAUGAACUCGCUGCUCCAGACGCUGUACCACACCAAGUAUUUCCGCAAGUGCGUGUAUCAGCUCCCGACGGAGGAGGACAAGGUGGGCGCAUCGAUUCCGCUUGCGUUGCAGCGGCUCUUCUACAACAUGCAGUUUGCCGAGUCUGCGGUGUCGACCAAGGAGCUGACCAAGUCGUUUGGAUGGGACGCCAUGGAGUCGUUCUACCAGCACGAUGUGCAGGAGCUCAACCGAGUCCUGUGCGACAACCUGGAGACCAAGAUGAAGGGGACCGAGGUGGAAGGUGCGAUCGGCAAGCUGUUUGAGGGCAAGCUGUUCAACUACAUCAAGUGCCUCAACGUCGACUACUCGUCGACGCGGACCGAGUCGUUCUUUGACGUCUCGCUCGACGUCAAGGGCAACAAGAAUGUGUACGACGCGUUUGAGGACUACGUGGCCGAGGACACGCUCGACGGCGAGAACCAGUACUCGACCGAAGACUAUGGCAAGCAGGACGCGGUCAAGGGCAUUCGCUUUGAGGUCCUCCCACCGGUCCUGCAGCUUCAUCUCAAGCGGUUCCAGUACGACUACCAGACGGGCGCGUUCAACAAGAUCAACGACCGGUUUGAGUUCCCGACGGUGCUCGAGCUGGACAAGUACCUCUCCGAGUCUGCGGACAAGAGUGUGCCGCAGGUCUACGAUCUCUUUGGCGUCCUCAUCCACUCGGGCGGAGUGCAGGGCGGGCACUACUACGCGUUUGUGCGGCCGUCGGACGAGCCUCAGUGGCUCCGGUUCGACGACGACAAGGUGAUCAAGGUGAAGGACAAGCAGGCGCUCAACGAGAACUUUGGGUGGACGCCAAGCGCAGGCGGCAACGACGGGUUCCGCAGCAUCCGGAUGGCGCGGCGGUACACCAACGCGUACAUGCUUAUCUACGUCCGGCGGGCCGACUCGCACUGGGUUAACGAGGAGCUGACGGACGAUGUCAUUCCGGAGCACCUGCGCGAGCGCAUUGAGCGCGAGAACGCCGAGCGGGCCGAGCAGGAGAAGGCGCGGCGCGAGGCACACCUCUACGUCAACAUCCGCAUCAUCCGCGACAAGGACCUGGAGGGCCACCGUGACGUCGACUUGGUCAACGUGACUAACGUCGAGCCUAUCAAGGUCAAGAAGGACUCGACGCUCGAGGGCCUCAAGAAGGAGGUCGAGAAAAAGUGGGGCAUCCCAGCGGCGUCGCAGCGGUACUGGUACUGGCUCAACCGCAAGAACAAGACCUCGCGGCCGUCGCGCAUCGUGCCAGACGACAAGUACUCGGCGCGGAUCACGUCGCUCUUCAAGUCGCUCACCGCGUGCAAGCUCUUCCUCGAGGUUCUUCCCGAGUCGGGCUCGUUUGAAGAGAUCACGCCGACCAAGGCCAACCUGUUCUUCAAGUACUACGACCCGGUCGCCCACGAGCUGAUGUACGUCGGCCGCAAGGUGGUGGAGAAGACUACCUCGAUUGCCGAACUGCUCCCGGUCAUGCGCGAGAUGGCCGGCCUGGAAGCCGACGUGCCGCUGGUGGUGUACGAGGAGAUCAAGACGGCCGAUCCGAUCAUGAUCGACGAGGUCAACUUGAGCCACGACCUCAACGCGGCCGAGCUGGGCAAUGGCGACAUCCUCUGCUUCCAGAAGGCGCCCGGCGGCGAGGAGACCGGCGGCGACGUGGCGCACCCGACGGUGCCUGACUACUUUACGUACAUUGUCAACCGGCUGCUCAUCAAGUUUGUGCCGCUUGAAAAGGCGGCGGCCAAGGACAAGUCUGCGGUGACGACUACGCUCGACCUGACCCAAGAGGACAGCUACUCGAUGGUGGUCGAGGCGCUCGGCGCUGCCACCGGCUACAGCGCGGACCACAUCCGGCUCACCGGCUUUAACGCGUACACCAAGGGGCCGAAGCGGCAGCCGCUGCGGCGGACGCCGGUCUCGGGCACCGAGCUCACCCUCUUCCGCAUGCUCUACACCCACUACAAGCCGCUCGCCGACACUCUCUACUACGAGGUCCUCGACCGUCCGCUGGUGGAGAUCGAGACCAAGCGCAAGCUCUCGCUGCACCUGCAUUCGCUCACUGGCGAGCGCGAGUCCACCCUCGACCUCUACGUCGAGCACGCCGCCACCGUUGCCGACGUCCUCAACGAGCUCCGUGACACCCUCGCCGCCCGCGCCGACGCCGAUGUUCCCGCUGGCUUUGACGGUCCGCUGCGCAUGCUCGAGGUCUCGCGGCUGGCCAAGAUCGUGCGCCUUUUCGACGAGGGUGACCCGGUUCAUCUCAUCCCGCACUACGCCAUCGUCCGCGUCGAGCCCGUGCCUGCCGACGAGAUCGAUGUGCCCGCCGGCUCCAAGGCCAUGUUCUUUAACCACUUUGUCAAGUCCAUCCACCACACCUUUGGCACCCCGUUCAUGAUGUACCUCCGCCCCGGUGAGCCCGUCGCCGACCUCAAGGCUCGCGUCAAGGCUCGCUUCGCCAUCCCCGACGAGGACUUUGCCGCCUGGAAGUUUUACCUUGUCUCGUUCUCCUCGCCCAAGACCCUCGACGACGCGUACAUCCUCAACAGACACAAGUUCUUCAACUCGGACUACAUCGGCAUUCGUCACGCCAACAAGAAGGUCGAGGACAUCCGCGCCACGCCGACUUCCACCCGUUCGUCGGGUCACUCGAUCAAGAUCUACAACUGAGCAGUUGGUAAAACAAUCGGUGCCACAUGUGCAUGCUGCACCCGUCGGCUACACACGCCCACCGCCGCCGCCGCCGCUCACUACAUACCCGCCCGACGAGAUCCGGCGUGACGAGGUCCGAGACGAA